CCGGGGCGGCGAGGAGCGACGAGAAACCUCUCUGGCGCCGAGGCCACGCCGGGAUUCGCCGCUUGAAGUUGACGGCGGCCGCGGCCACGCCCAGCGCCAGCCCGGCGCCGCAGAGGCUGGCGAGCAGCAGCAGCGGCCACACGGCGUCGACGCCCUCCAGGAACUCUAACCGAUACCAGCGAGCGGCGCUCAUGUGGACCUCAGCUCUGAGAAGAUGGCGGCAGGCAUGAGGAGGAACACCGGGAUGGUGUGGAGAUUGGGGUUUUACGCACGCCUGCUGGCGGCGAGCGUGCUACUGGGAGCCGAGUUGAACCGACUGGGUCGGAGGGAUCAGAUCGGGGUCGGCGCCCAGAACAACGAGAGACGGGUGCUAGCUCGCAUCCCGGGCGACAUCAUCAUCGGAGCCCUGUUCUCCAUCCAUCACCAGCCGCCCGCAGACAAGGUGCACGAAAGGAAGUGCGGGGCGGUGCGCGAGCAGUAUGGGAUCCAGAGGGUGGAGGCCAUGAUGCACACGCUGGAUCGGAUCAAUGCUGACCCCAACAUCCUACCCAAUAUCACUCUGGGCUGUGAGAUCAGGGACUCGUGCUGGCACUCAGCAGUGGCCCUGGAGCAGAGCAUCGAGUUCAUCCGGGACACGUUGGUGUCCACCGAGGAGGAGGAGAGCCACGCCAGGUGCACCGCACCUGAUGGCGUUGCGCCGUUGCCGCAGAGCAAGAAGCCCAUCGUGGGCCUCAUCGGCCCAGGGUCCAGCUCAGUGGCCAUCCAAGUGCAGAACCUGCUGCAGCUCUUCAACAUCCCGCAGAUCGCCUACUCAGCCACCAGCAUGACUCUCAGUGACAAAAGCCUGUUUAAGUACUUCAUGAGGGUGGUGCCGUCGGACAUGCAGCAGGCCAGAGCCAUGGUGGACAUUGUCAAGAGGUACAACUGGAGCUACGUUUCUGCCAUACACACAGAGGGAAACUACGGCGAGAGCGGCAUGGAGGCCUUCAAGGACAUGGCGGCCAAGGAGGGCAUCUGCAUCGCGCACUCGGACAAGAUCUACAGCAACGCCGGCGAGCGCGCCUUCGAUCGGCUGCUGCACAAGCUGCGGGCCCACCUGCCCAAAGCCCGCGUGGUGGCCUGCUUCUGCGAGGGCAUGACGGUGCGUGGCAUCCUCGCCGCCAUGCGCCGCCAGCGCCUGGUAGGCGACUUCCUGCUGGUGGGGAGCGACGGCUGGGCGGACCGCUACGACGUGACGGACGGGCUGGAGCGCGAGGCGGCGGGCGGCAUCACCAUCAAGCUCAAGUCGGCCUACGUGACGUGGUUCGACGACUACUACCUGAAGCUCAAGCCCGACGCCAACCCGAGGAACCCCUGGUUCCCCGAAUUCUGGCAGCACCGCUUCCAGUGCAAGCUGAGGGGAGUCCCGCAGGAGAGCACCGCCUACAACCGCACGUGCAGCCGGAGGGAGUCCCUGCGCCACCAGUACGCCCAGGACACCAAGAUGGGCUUCGUCAUCAACGCCCUCUACUCCAUGGCGUACGGGCUGCACGCCAUGCAGCAGGACCUCUGCCCGGGCUAUAAGGGUCUGUGUGAGGCCAUGCGGCCCAUCGACGGCCGCCGGCUUCUCGACUUCUUGAUGCAAACCAACUUCACGGGCGUGUCGGGCGAAGUCAUCCACUUUGACCAGAACGGAGACUCACCUGGCAGGUACGAGAUCAUGAACUUCAAGCAAAUGUCCGAGGACGAGUACGCCUACGUGCACGUGGGCAGCUGGGACCAGGGCGGCCUGCGCAUGAAUGACCAGGAGAUCUGGAGCAACGACAGCGACCUCAUACGCUCCGUCUGCUCCGAGCCCUGCCAGAAGGCCCAGAUCAAGGUGAUCCGCAAAGGUGAGGUGAGCUGCUGCUGGACAUGCACGCCCUGCAAGGACAACGAGUUUGUUUUCGACGAGUACACGUGUCGCGCCUGCAUGCUGGGCUCGUGGCCCACUGACGACUUGCGUGGUUGCGAGCCAAUCCCGGUGCAGUACGUGCGCUGGGGAGAUCCAGAACCCAUCGCCGCCGUCGUGUUCGCCUGUCUGGGCCUACUGGCCACGUUCUUUGUCACUGCCGUCUUCAUCAAGUUCUGGGACACGCCGGUGGUGAAGUCGUCCAGCCGCGAGCUGUGCUACAUCAUCCUGGCGGGCAUUUGUCUGGGCUACGCAUGCACGUUCAGCCUGAUCGCCAAGCCGCACCUCGUCUACUGCUACCUGCAGAGGCUCGGCAUCGGCCUGUCGCCCGCCAUGAGCUACUCCGCCCUGGUCACCAAGACCAAUCGCAUCGCUCGCAUCCUGGCAGGCAGCAAGAAGAAGAUCUGCACCAAGAAGCCUCGCUUCAUGUCCGCCUGCGCUCAGCUGGUCAUCGCCUUCCUGCUCAUUCUGCUGCAGCUCGCCAUCAUUGUGGCGCUGCUUGUCAUCGAGCCCCCAGAGGUGAUUCAUGACUACCCCAGCAUACGUGAAGUGCACUUGAUCUGCAACCUGACCACUCUCGGGGUGGUGGCGCCGCUGGGCUACAACGGCCUGCUCAUCCUCAGCUGCACCUUCUACGCCUUCAAGACUCGUAACGUUCCGGCCAACUUUAACGAGGCCAAGUACAUCGCCUUCACCAUGUACACCACCUGCAUCAUCUGGCUGGCCUUUGUGCCCAUCUACUUUGGCUCCAACUACAAGAUCAUCACCAUGUGCUUCAGUGUCAGCCUCAGUGCCACCGUGGCGCUCUGCUGCAUGUUCGUGCCUAAGGUGUACAUCAUGCUGGCCAAGCCGGAGAAGAACGUGCGCAGCGCCUUCACCACGUCCACGGUGGUGCGCAUGCACGUGGGCGACGCCAAGAAGGCCGCCAAGGCGGGCAAGCCGUCGAGCAGCAUGGCCAACCUGUUCAGGCGCCGGUCUUCCGCGCAGGACAAUGUCAGGUCCAACGGGAAGUCCGCUGCCUGGGAGCAGAACGAGCAAAGCUACAGGCCCAACCUUUGGAAGAGGAUGACCUUCCACGUCAAGAAGAAGGACACCGUAGAAGCCAACCAGACCGCCAUCAUCAAGCCUUUCUCCACAGGCGGCGGGGGUGAGGUGGCGACAGGUGGCGAGACUCGAUGGUUCCAAGACGGAGACGACGCACAAGUUUUGCCUUCUGAGCCCCCUGUUAGUGACAUCAGCGUCGUCGCCGUGGGCGAGCUCGGCAUGAUGGGCGGCCCCGUAGAGGGCGCCACCGUCAUGGAACAAAUCAACUGCGUGGUCAACAGUUUCAAUCAGCUGGAUGUCGCGGUGCUUCCGGCCGCCGCCCACGCCGACAGCCCCGCCGGGAAGCUGUACGAGCGCCUGGCACGCCGUGUCCGAGACACGGACGAUCUGGCCGUGCUCACGCCGCCGUCGCCAUUCCGAGAUGCCUCGCUGAGCUCCGAGGGUAGCUGCGACGCUAGCUCCUCCCGCUCGCUAUCCGGCGCCUCCGAAGCGGAAUACGGGCAACUGCUGCCGAGACACUACAGUCAGAGCGCCUCCUCUCUGUGAACCCUCUCCCGUGGACCAAACUUGUGGUGCCUUCAAAACGGGGGAAAAGUUUUACAUGGAAAAGUACUUUUAACGGACAAGUGACGAGGACAUGCUGAUGGAAGUGAAAGUGUGAAUGUGAAUUUAUUGCUGCGGAAAUGCCAAUUUCUUUCAGGAACAACCCAUGUACCGCUUUUAAUCUGACAUGGGUGCGCCGCAAUCGGGUGUGUAAAAAAUAAUAAUAAUAAUAAUAAAUCGACAAGUGAAUAUGACAUGUUAAUGUAACAUGAAAAGGGAGCUAAAGCGGGAACAAGCUUUCCUUCCUUGGAAUUUAGCAGCUUUUCCAGGAACUAUCCACAUCCUCCUCCUUAUCCUACAUCAGGCUGAGAAACACACCCGGGGAAGAUGACAAGCUAAUGCUAAACCUAAAAGCAAGCUAAAGAGAGGCUUGUGUUUUCCUUGUGCCUCAUAUCUUAGAAUUUUAGCACAUGGCAGCUUUUCCAGGAACUAGCCAUGUCCUGCUGCUCAAAGGACAUUGUGAAAUGCAGUGGGGCAGAAGGAUUCCCACAUAGUUUCCAGGCAGUACACUCCCUGCUCCAACAUUACUAAUAUUGCAGGACACGCGCUGCUGCACUGUGAUUGGCUGCUGUAUCCCGGUAGAACAUGACCUCCUCCUUCCAGACGGGGAAGAAAAGAGGAACCAAUCAUGUUGGGGGGGGGGGGGGGCGGUGUGUCCUGCCUGGAAACUAAUCCUACCCUUAACCCAUUUUAAGCCACUUUAGCCAAAAUCCUAGUCCUAAACGUAACCAGUACAAAUUUAUUUUUAUUUAGGAACCAAUUAUGUUGCAGGGGGGGCGUGUCCUGCCUGGAAACUACGUGGGACUCCUAAUAACGCGGGGCGGAAUAUAUGAAGCUGAGGAAAACUUGAAAGCUGCCAUUCUAAUGCUAAUCCUAAAAGGAAGCGAAAGAGUGAACGUGAAUCUAUCGCUGCGCAAAUAGAUUUUUCCAGGAACUUUCCAUGUUCUGCUCCUAAUUCAAAAUGGGUUCACUGCAUCAAGGAGUAAAAUAUAUAUAUUUUUAAAAUCAAUUCAAAAUGACAUGCUAAUGCUAACAGGAAGCUAUUGAGCGAGAGCAGGUUUUCCGUUCAGCCUCAUCACUUUGUACUGUGAAUGUAUCACUUCAGAUAUGUCCAGGAAAUACCCUCAUCCUGCUCCAAAUUCUACAUGUAUUCACUCCAACAGGCGGGGGGGGCAUCCAUUGAAGAUGACUUGCUAAUACUAAAUGGAAGCUGAAGCGGGAAUUAAAGAGAUGGCGGUUUUUCCAGGAACUUUCCACGUCCUGUUCUGAAUCCGACAUGAAUUCACUGCAACAGGCGGAGAAAACGUCAAGAUGAGAUGCUAAUGCUAAAAGAAAGCUGAGCAAAGAUGCCAGGGGCAUUUUCAUCGUUUUUUCCCCACUUUGAAGCUUCACAUUCCAAAGAAAUAUGAAACUAAACUGAGACUUUUUUUUUUUGUACAGUUUAAUAUUCAGAAUAGUUUUUGUUAACUAUUGUUUAUUUAGGGGGACUUUUUUGGAGGACCAGGAAGUGUUUACAGCAAAAUUUCUAAGGUUGAAAUCUAAAAUGCUGAUCUGAUAUGUUCAGAUUUGUUAUUAAUCCCAUUGGAAACAAUGCAUAUGUGAACGUUAAACCCUGUCAAAUGUAAAAAUAACAAAACAGUCUAUGUUGACCUUAGCAACAAGUGACGGCAUCUGUUUACUUUGCGUAACUUCCUGCGUGUCUUUUUCGAGUUAAUGCGUUGAUGCUCACUAAUUUGAGGUCACACGGGGACUCCCGACCGUUUGUUACGUGCAACUUUAAAAGCGGAUUUAUCCCACUUUCCACUUUAGCUAAUAAUAUUAAUAUGCUGUGCUGUUUGCAUCUUUGUGUAUGUGUUUCUUAUGGACUAGUACUUUGUAAAAGUUUAUACAAGCUCACAGGCAAACAUUUGUUCAGCUGCAGCUUAAGAAAGAAAAAAAUAUAUAUAUUAGCGUGAAUGUCAGCGUGGUUUAAAGUGGACCGAAAACCACCUCAGGACCGAUAGUGUAGCAGAGUGCUGAAAUGAUGUUAAUAAUUAAUGAGAAGUUGUUUUUUAAGAUGUUAUCUUUUACCUGAAAAUGUAAACUUUUACCUUUUUGUGCAACGUGACCCGCCUGUACGUACACUAUGGGCUCAUUUUACAAAGGAGGCGUAAAAGCAGCGCCAGACUAAAAUGUUUUUUAUUAUUCAGCCCCAAAACACAAGAUGGGUGGGAAUGAUUUAUGUUAUUGAUCGUAAGUGCAAUGUUUGUUUCUUUUUCUGAUGAGGUGAUUUUUAAGAUUUACCGUGUGCGUGUGUGUGUGUGUGUGUGUGUGUUUGCUGCAUGUUUACACACACACGCGCACGUUGGUGCAAUUUGACUGCAGUGUUGCCAUGUUAGCAUGUAGCUUUGUGCCAAAAGACACUCUUUAUAAUCUUAUUUAUACACUGAUGAGUUAACGCCACUCAAAAGCAGUUUACCUUUAAUCGUUUAUUAACUUGUUUAUUUCAAGCAUACUAGUUUACACUGAGUGAUUAGUCAUUGUGUAAAUAAAGUUAAGUGAA